UGAAGUGAGGUGAUCCAUCCGGCUGAGCAGCAGGUGCUCUCGCUGCACUCUUCCCACGACGCACGUCGGCAGCCACCGACGAAUAUUCCACACAGAAUGUCACCGGACAGCAGAGUUACUACCGUGCACCGCAUCACGAGGGAGGAGAGACACGAGCAUAACCGCGGUCCGAUGCAGAAUGACAGAUCCGACGGCUGCAAGGCUCCCCACGUGAACUCGGUGGGGCUACAACUCUGACACCUGCAGUCCUCCCCCCAAAGCAAAGCCCCCGGCCGGGGACGGAGUCCUGGACCAAAACCCGCGCCACAGCCUUCCCCGCUCCCGAUCCGGCCGCCCCAAGCUGAGCAGGAUGGCCCAUUCGCCGGCGCCUGGCGGCGUCGGGGCCCAGGCGCUGGUGGUGUCGCUGAACUGCCUCGACGACACCUCGCUGGAGCAGGAGGGUUUGGCCGGCGUGGCCGCGGUCGAGCACGUGCCCCUCUCCGCCGUCGCCUCCGGCCGCGUCGAGGCCGCCGCCGCCGUGCUGCUCCCCUCCCUUGCCUUCCUCCCGCGCGCGGCCCAGCGCCGACUCCGCCCGUGGCAGCUCCUGCUCUGCCUCGGCUCCGCGGACCGCGCGGCCGACGCCGCGGUCGCCGCGGACCUGGGCCUCCGCCUCGUGCACGUCGACGCCAACCGCGCCGAGGAGGUCGCCGACACCGUCAUGGCGCUCAUCCUGGGUCUGCUCCGCCGGACCCAUCUGCUGUCGCGCCACGCCUCCUCGGUCCCGGCCGCAGUCGCUGCCGGCUGGCUGGGUUCCGUCCAGCCGAUGUGCCGCGGCAUGCGGCGCUGCCGCGGCCUCGUGCUUGGCAUCAUUGGCCGUUCCGCCGCUGCCCGAUGCCUCGCAACUCGCAGCCUCGCUUUCCGGAUGAGCGUGCUCUACUUCGAUCCGCGCUAUACAGCCAAUGGGAAAGCAAAGCGACCUUCUAUUGUAUUUCCAUCUGCAGCGAGGAGAAUGGAUACUCUCAAUGAUUUAUUAGCAGCAAGUGACCUUGUUUCACUGCAUUGCGCAUUAACAAAUGACACCAUGCAUAUACUUAACGCUGACUGCCUGCGGCACAUAAAACCUGGAGCUUUUGUAGUCAAUACUGGCAGUUGCCAGCUAAUUGAUGAUUGUGCACUCAAAGAGCUCUUGAUUGAUGGUACCAUAGCUGGUUGUGCAUUGGAUGGUGCUGAAGGUCCACAAUGGAUGGAAGCAUGGGUGAGGGAGAUGCCAAAUGUUUUAAUUCUUCCGCGGAGUGCAGACUACAGCGAAGAAGUGUGGAUGGAAAUAAGAGAGAAAGCAAUCACGAUACUACAGUCCUUUUUCUUUGAUGGUGUUGUUCCAAAUAGUGCAAUUUCUGACGAAGAUGAGGAAAUCAGUGAAGCUGGAAAUAAAGAUGAUCAUCUAGACACACGGGCAAAAGAUAGCCAGUCACAGGGCUUUGAUGUUGAACAGCAGACAAAUGAAAGCCACUUAACUCUGGAGUAUGAAAAGAAAAGAGUCAUAUCCCACCAUAAAGAGCCUCAAGCUUCAGGACAAUCUGUAAACAUUGGCUCCCGAUCUGAAGGAAGGCGUAGUCGUUCAGGAAAGAAAGGGAAAAAGAGGCCUGCUCACCGCAGAUCUCAACAGAAACCGGAUGACUUGUCUACUGUAGAAAGUGACAGUAAUUAUUCCUCACGAAAAGAUGAUGACACUGCAAUGAGUAGCAGGGACCAGGUUUUAAGUUCCAGUUCACGUUUUGCCUCACCUGAGGACUCAAAAUACAAGCAGAAAUCUCCUGCUGAAUCCCCCAUGGAAAUAACUUCCGAGAAGAAGUUGCCUAUACUGCUCAGUAGGAAGUAUCCUGAUAAACUGAAAGAUGGUUUUGUUGUAGCUUUGAGACCAAAAGAUAGUUCAGGAUACCAUGUUGCAAGACAGAGAGCAGCUGGUGGUGGUGGCUGGAUCCUUGAUAUCGUGUCAAAUGCUACAAACAGGGACCCUGCUGCUCAGUUCCUAGUUACCUUCAAAAACAAGGAUACUAUGGGUCUGCGGUCCUUCGUUGCCGGUGGUAAACUACUGCAGAUUAAUAGGAAGACAGAGUUUGUGUUUGCAAGUCAUUCUUUCGAUGUUUGGGAGAGCUGGAUGCUGAAUGGUUCCUUGCUGGAGGGUUGUAAGCUUAUCAAUUGCAGAAAUCCUUCGGCUGUAUUGGACGUCUGUAUCGAGAUCCUUGCAGCUGCGAGUGAAGAAGAUGGUGUCACUCGGUGGCUAGAUUAGCCAUGCUGGGGACUGGAUAAGUGAACUGACUCCUCGUUGUUUGAUUUGAUUUGAUUUGCUCCCAAACUCCUCUCUCUGCUGAAGCAAGUACCCAAUUUUGGCUUUUCUAAUAUAGUGACCCUGUAGGCACAGCAUGUAUGUCCAGCACGGCAGCACGUUUGUAAGUGUGGAAUGUGUAAGAAGGCUUGUGAAGUGCUUUUAGUAUUGCUGUUA